AUGAAAAUAAAUAUGAAAUACUCAUGUGUCGAAUUGAAUGAUUUACCGGAUGAAAUUCUUCUACUUAUUUUCAAAAAACUGGACAAUCUUGAAGUACUUUAUUCUUUUCAAGGAGUCAAUGAACGAUUGAAUAAAAUUAUACAUGAUCCAAUAUUUACAAGUCGUUUAAGCUUUCUCAAAUGGUCAUUCAAUAAAUGUAUCAAUAAAUUUUCUUCUCAUAUAAUACUUAAUCGAUUUUGUUUACAAAUUUUACCUAAAAUUUAUACGAAAAUCAAAUGGCUGGAUCUUGUAUCUGAAUAUAUGAAAAACAUUUUAGAUGCUGCUGAUUAUCCCAAUUUAUUUGCACUCGGCCUAUAUAAUAUCGAAGAAAAGACAGCUAUAUGUCUUUUUACUAAUGAAAGGCUUGCAUCUUCUAUUUUUAAAAAUCAAAUUACAACACUUAUCAUUGGUAUUGAUCCUGAUAAAAAUGAACGGUCGACAAUGACAAACAUAUGUAAUCAUAUUUUUACUGUGUUUAUCAAUUUAAACCAUUUAAUAUUUUAUGAUGCCUCAUAUAAAAAUAAUGUUCGAUUAUUAUUUAAUAUUCCAUCUCCUAGUUUUUCGUCUUCAUCUCUUUUGGUAUUAAAUAUCAAGGUUCAAACUUUUGAUGUGUGUCUUUAUCUUCUCGAUGGUCGUUUCGAACAACUUCGUACACUCUAUAUUGAAUUGGCUAAAAUUUUUUCUCCAUCAGGAGAAAUUGAAAAUCAAAGGAAAAUCCCAAAUCUGAAGUGUUUUGUUUUGUCUUGUGCUUUGCAAACAUCGCAUUAUGAUGAAUUAAUUCUACCACUUCUUUAUCGAAUGUCAAAUUUAGAAAAACUUCGUUUAGAUCUCACGGUUAAUGUUCAAGGAACAUUUAUUGAUGGAAACAAUUUGAAGGGAAAUAUUCUUAAUCAUAUGUCACAAUUAAAUCAAUUUACAUUUGAUAUUCGUUCGUUUAUGUGUAUUAAUAAUCAAAUGAAUUUACCAUCGAAAGAAGACAUUCAACGAACAUUCAAUGAUUUUCAAUAUACUAAAAUAAUAUCUUGUGUUGAUUAUUUUCUAGAGCCGUAUAAACACGGUCAAUGUCAUAUUUAUUCAUACCCAUUUUUAAUGAGAUGUUUCGAAGAUAUAACAAAUAAUUUUCCAGGUGGAUUGUAUCCAUAUGUUCGCGUUGUAUCAUUAUAUGAUGAAUAUCCUUUUGAACAUGACUUUUUUAUUCGAAUUGCUCAAUCAUUUCCAUUUAUGGAAAAAUUAUCUAUCGAUAAUCGUUAUUCACAAAAUCAGAAAGAAUCUUAUAAAUUAAUGAAUGAUAAAUCGAAUUUAUCAAUUGCUAAAUAUUAUUAUCUUAGUGAACUUCGUAUAGAUCGAGCUCAUGAUGAUUAUAUUGAAGAAUUUCUAUGUAAUACGAAAACAUAUUUACAAAAUAAUAUUCAUCUUGAUAUCGAUUAUGAACCAUUAGAAAGAGUAACACAUAAUUUUACAAGAGAUGAUACACGAAUUAAUUGU